UGUGAGUCAGGCGACACUGGCGACACUUGCGUGCAGAGCAAAAAGCAGAGCGAAAAGCAGAGCAAUGUUUUGCUGUCUCGGUAUACUGCCAGCCCCACUGCAGAUCUGUAUGGGAAUGUGCCUUCACCAGGAAAUCACAGAGGAGGGUAAAAAGGCUAAACUCCAGAGCUCUAAAAUAGAGCACGACCUUUGUGAACAUUCCAGGACUGAGAUGAAUGUGGUGAAAAUCCUCAUGCUUGGAGCAGCAGAAAGCGGAAAGAGCACCCUGAUCAAACAGAUGAAGAUAAUCCACAGUCACGGCUUCUCCAAACAGGAGCUCAUCAGCUUCAAGCCCGCAGUGCUAGACAACCUGCUGACCUCUAUGAAGUUUGUUCUACAAGGAAUGGGCAUGCUGAGAAUUAACCUUGCUAACAAGAACAACAAGAUCCACGCCCGCUCCAUCCUGUCCUGCAGUCAGUGUUUGGGGGACGACCAGGAGCUGCUUCCUUUUGUGGCUCAUGCUUUCUGUGCACUUUGGGCUGACCAAGGGGUGAGAGCAGUCGCGGCCAGAGGUUACGAGUUCGGGCUGAAUGACUCGGCACUCUAUUUCUUUGAGAACAUGAGUCGAAUCAUCGCUCCCAAAUACGUUCCCACUGAGACAGAUGUUCUGAGAGUGAGAGUGAGGACUUGUGGAAUCGUUGAGACGCAGUUUCACCUAAAUGAAAUGAUCUUUCGACUGUAUGAUGUCGGCCAGCGUAGUGAGAGGAGGAAGUGGCUCAGCUGCUUUGACUGUACUCAGGCUGUAUUGUUUGUUGUGGCCCUCAGCAGCUAUGAUAGGACACUGAUGGAGAGCUCUUCUGGGAAUCGUCUGCAGGAAAGUCUUGAACUUUUUACAUCCAUUUGCACCAACACAGUCUUUAGGAGCACCUCGCUGAUUCUGCUUAUGAACAAAACUGACCUUUUCCGGGAGAAGAUCCUACUCUCUGGCAGACACUUGAGAUUUUACCUUUCUGGUUAUAAAGGAGCAGAUGGUGAUGUGGAUGCUGCAGCCCAGCACAUCGCUGCCAUGUUCUCAUCAUGUAACAGCAGUCCUGACAAACCCGUGUACCACCACUUCACCUCUGCCAUAGACACCAGUAACAUACAGGUGGUCUUCCACAUGGUCAUAGAGCAGACUAUCAAGGAGAACCUAAUAGCUGUCCAGUUGCUGUAAAAGUCUCAGCAAGGCUGUUUAGUAGUUUUUAGUUACUCAGUGCAGUCAUUUUAAACUUUUUUUUAAACUUAUUUAUGCAGCUUAAUAUAAUAAUAAAGUUCUUUAAACUGCA